AUGGACCGCUUGCGGCCUCAGUCAACCGUGAAUGUGAGAGCGGCCGGCAUCAAAGCGUUUAACAAGUUCCUGUCAUCCGAGAGUGUGGAUCCGGACUACGUCAAAUCGUGCAUACGGAAGGACCUAACAGGACAAUGCUUUGCCGCUGUAAAGGAGAAGUUUGCUUUGUACCUCGCUGCGUGCGAGAAAUCACCUGGAAUACAGUUGUCCAAGAACUCCUGCAUGCAGUACUUUCGACAAGUGAAGAUGACGCUUCUCGACGAGUUUCCGCAACUGCAGGCCAUCGUGGACUCAAAACUACUACGUGCUGGCAAGAUCUUGCAAAACUACUGCGCGAAGAAGGAUGGCGGAGCGUACUUGAAGCGUAUGUUGAUGUAUUUGUACUCGACCGCCACUUGCAGCAGUCACUACCAAGACGCCGCCUUGUUGUCCCUCUUGUGGUAUCUUUUUGGCCGCGCGUCUGACUUGGCCAUGACCAGCGAGGAACAAGGAUUAUCCCUGUACCCGGACACUGAUUUCGCGACUUGUACCUUGCUUGCAAUCGCGCUGGCGACCGUUGCGCAGAACGGACCUUGUGCCAACAUCGUCGACAACCUGCCUAGUCAAGCAAGCUCAGUCAAACAUGAGCUCGGGCCAACCACACCAUUGCUGGACGUCUUGGACAACCCAAGUGCCAUCAACGUUGACGAUAAGGCCCAAGCUUCGAAGAGCGUACCUACCAUACACAGUCAUGUCAAUCGUAUCCUUGGACGUAUUUCGGCGGCGGCGGGUGUGGACCAAAGGUUAUCGUCUCACUCGUUUCGACGCGGGGGUGCACAACACGCGAACGGAUCGGAGCAAUUAACGGCACGGUGGAUCUUCGAUCGCGGGGCGUGGAACAUCUUGGCCACCAACAAAGGUUUUAACUACAUUUUCAACACGUCAAGUGAAGACCACAAAGUCGCCAAGUACCUCAGCGGUUGGAGCACAAUGGAGCCUGUAAUGGUUCUUACCCUCGACUCAUUCGACGCCCACACGCAAGGCAUGGGAUUCGUAAUGGAAGAAGGGAGUUCAACGUACCUCGACGUCGUUGUCUCGAUCGGCUCCGCGGCUGAGUCGGCGCUGUUCGCCUUUCUUCGCGAACAAGGCUGUCAUUCGACUGGCUCAAGCGCCGUCCUAAAGGUGCUGCAAAAGUUACAUCGGGACGGCGCGUUGAAGUCCAGAAUCGGGCACUACCUUCAGCUUCGCAUAGCAGGCCUGACAACUGAUCCAGCGCCACUGCACACCCAAGUCGUUUUAGAUCAUUCAGAGUCUACAGAGUUCUCGUUCAUCAUAUAA